CAAUCAAUGAACUAGUUCCGGUUCGUCAGCUGUUUGCCGCGCCAAAAACAAAACACAUACACAGCCGUAGCAAAGGCACAAAACAAAAACGCAACACAAUAAAUAAAAAACAAACCACAUUUUUGACACUGUACAGUGUCUACGUUAUCGUUUCAGUUAUCAUUUAUAUUUAUCUUUUAUGCACAAGUUUAUGUGGACGGAUUUGCAGGACGCAAAAUACUUUCUGGUUUGUGAUGUGGGAGGGCUACUCGGACAGUAACACGGGGAAUAAAAGUUAUACCGUUUAAAAUUGGAAACUUGAACUGGUUAUGGAUCGAGUCAUGUCUCAAGAAAAGCACCCUAAACUAAAACUAAAGAGAAAGAAAAGUGUUGUGCAUGGAGAGAGCGCAGACUUAUUUAAAAACAGCAAAGAGGGAAGCAAAACUGACCUUUAUGAAACAACACGUAAAGUCACAUUCCUAGAAGAGAAGACAGAAAGCACAUUCAGCUGUGAUGCUGGUGCAUGGUGGGAUAAAACUGACCUGACUGAGAACCUGUGGGCUUCCACGUUGAAGUCUGUCUAUCCAGACCUGAAGCAGAGUACAUGGGAACCAGUACCAGAUUUACCUGCUUUUGCACCCAAGGCUUGGUUAAAGCAAGAAUAUCCCAAGCUGGAUGAUUGCAUUGGAGGCUGCAAAGCAUGGACUCCAUUCCCAUCAGUGUGUGAGCCAGCAAUUUACCCUGACCUAGGCACUGAGCUGAAGACUGCGAUUAAAGGAGAGGUUCCUGUGGAGCUUGCAAAACAUGGCCUGAGCGAACCCAACCAGCCUGAAGAUUCAUCGACUUCCAAAGGUGAAGCCACGGGAGAGACAGCUAGGUUGAGGAGUAAUGAGACCUACAGAACCGAUCACGGAAACGAAACGGAAUAUCAUCAUCAUCAUCAUCAUCAUCAACACGAACCUUCUCGAUCAUCGGGGCUGACGGGAGGAAGAUCAGAAAGCACAUCGACUGACAGAACUCCCAGUUCCAGAGAGGCUGGUCCUCAAAGACCUGCUGAGAAUCUCGCAGCAGGGUUUCGCUCAUCAGAAGAAGCCCAAAGUGUAAAAAAAUCAGAAGAUGCGAUCAAAAAGCAGCUGCCUGUGUUGGGGGUGGGAGAUGUUGACAGCUGUAUUACAAUAGAAGACUCAAGCUCAGAUGAAUCCCCGAUGAGGGCAGAUCAUUCUGUUGAAACUCCACGUAAGCAUGGUAAUGCUGCUAAUCAUGAAAGAGUGGAUGGGAAAUCAGAUGGAAGGUUAUCCAUUGAGAGCUGCCCCAUGUGUCUACAACAGUUUCCUGCAGGAUUUACCCAGCUGGAAACUGACUGCCACCUUGCCAAGUGCCUGUCCGAAAUGAAUGAAGACAUUGAAUGGUAAACUCGCUAGAACAACAUCUGAUCCGUUUUAAAUCAUUGUCCUCCUGUGGGAUCUGUCUCUGUUUAGGUAGCGUUGUCCGUUUGCAUUGCGUGCAGCUUGAUGUACGUGUUUCCAAACUUGAACACCUUAAACUGUGCUGUGCCAUGAAGAGGCAGGCGUAUUAUGAAUGGUUUUCUAUAAAGUUCCUGUAAAGUCAUUAAAUUAGAUCAUCGUUUAACUUAGACACCUGGAAUGUUUUUUUUCUUCUGUACAUGCAAUAGUAUUCCUUUGAGAUUCUGCACAUGGUGAUCAGAUUAUAGCAGCACUUAUGUAUUGUACUUACAUUACCAAUGCUUGUGUACAUAAAUCUAAAUAAAUACAUCUACAGAACAGA